AUGUUCCUCUUUCAAACUAAGAUUACUUAACUUCUAAAGUAAUACCAUGAGUUAGGUUAUAGCAAUUCACAGCAAAGUCAGGAACGGCAUUUCUAUUUGAGAAAGGGUAAGAACUAACAAUAAUAAAAGUGUGAACUAUUUGACUGGAAAAUCAGAAGUGAAAUGCUAAGAACUGGUUUACACAUCAUGCAAGAAAUAAAGUGCAUUAAAUGUAAGACCUAUCUUGGAUGGAAAUAUCUUCAUGCUUAUGAGUAAUCUGAGAAAUAAAAGGAAGGUAAAAUCAUUCUAGAAACAUUAUUUCUAACUAAAAUCAAAUGGAACUGA